AUGCCUAGAAUUUUAUUUCCAGUUCUCGUUGUAUUGAUCGCAAUUCAAGGAAGUUACGCAGCUAUCUGUUCGAGAGAACUUCGUACUGGCCAAUAUCAAAACUUCGACAGUUUAGAGGAUAUGUACGCCUCAAAUACUGAGGGUGGACUUACUUUUUUACAGGAUUUGAGUUCUUGUAUAACGGUCAUUGUUAAAACGAUGUCAAUAAUUGAAGUCAAUAGAUGA